AUGACAGAUUUUCCCUGAUUGUGAAAUCUGUGAUAUUUUCUUGAUAAAACAGGAUCAAAUUUGUAUAAAUAUACCAGAACCUAGAAGCACAGUACCAACAAAAUAAUAAAACACAGAUUCAUUUACUGCAAAGUUUGGAGACAUUUUCAUCAUGAAGUGGCUAUCUGUGGUUGUGAUGCUUAUGAGCUCCAUCGCUUGCCUGCCAGAUGAGUCUUUAGCUUUGGAUCGAGUCAGAGAACAUGUUUCGGCCCUUCGACCCAAACGAAUGAUCGGCGGCUCUCUGACCACAUCUGUACCCUGGCAAGCAAUGGUGUACCUCAGUGAAAAUAUACUAGAUGGAGGUUUCGCCGGAGGAGCACUGAUAGCAGAGCGCUGGAUAUUGACUGCUGGCAGGAAUCUAUUUGUAAAGAAAAGUCGAAACGAAACAAGAGGAAAAGAGCCGCUCAUCCCAAAAGUUUAUCUGGGAAUCAGCAAACGUUCUGAUGCACAGACAUCUACAGAAGUAGCGGUGGAAAAGGUGUUUUUGCAUCCAGACUUCCAGAACACAACCGACUGGGACAAUGACCUGGCUCUGAUCAAACUAAAGAAGCCAGUGAAAUUCAGCAACUCCAUAAUGCCAAUCCCACUGCCUGAGAUUGGAGAUAAUCAGGAAGAGAAGACAGGAGAAAGAGGAAUCGUCGCUGGAUGGGGCUGGGGAAGUCUUUUCACCCCUGCUCCAAUACUAAAGUUUCUGUCUUUGCCCAUCGUGCCAUGCCAGGGAAAAUACCAGGCAAAGGUUUUAGCAAGCACACCGAUUGUGGACGACAAACAAUUCUGCACUGGACCCAGUAAAUAUGAAGAAAACGUGUGUUUUGGGGAUGCAGGGGCCGCUCUUGCAUUUCUCAAUCCCAAAACUAAUGCAGUCUAUGCUGCAGGCAUCCUCUCUUUUGACAAGGCUUGUUCUGUAGAAGAUCAUGCCGUCUACAUAAAGAUUUCUGCCUAUCUGCCCUGGAUUCACAGUGUUAUGAGAGGAGAUUGGCAAGGGUUUUCAGGGCGACGCGUUUCAGUGAUUAAUCGCAUGUUUUCGCAACAGCAGUGAUAAGCUGUAUAAGCAAUACAUUACGUUUAAAAUGCAUUUAAAUUUUUUCUCUGAUUUGUAAUUUGCACUGUAUUGCACUGCAUCUUGCAAAUAAAAUGUUAUUCUCAAA